AUGCGCCGUGAGUAGUUCCUCGGUCUCUCCAGUCAGUAAGACUGAAACUCAUAGAAUAAUUUCCGCAUUCCAGUCCAGUUUCCGGAGAGGAACCCGCGGCAGCACUUGAACAGGUUCAGAAUAUCGUCCCCCCACAGAUAUCACCGCUGGCAUUGGAGUCGACUCAGGGAUUUGUUCAAGGCGGCGGCACAUCAGAGCUCCCGGCGCGGUGCUUGUGUCAGUCCGGUGAGGGUCAGCGUCUGACUUCAGCACUGACAGUGCAGGAGGGGGCUCCCGGCGAGACAGUUCGGCCCAUCGUCAACGCUGCAACCCCCCUACAGCUACAGACGGACGCUUCCUCGACCGGUCACUGGCGUUCCUGUGUCUCCAAUCCCGGUGCAGUGAUGAGUGAAACCUUGCAACUGGCCGCUCUGGGCCGGCCUUUCCAGCUGGGAAUGCUGUACGACUGCCGCUCAGACACUCUGAUCCCAGGCGUCACAUUGUGGGAUUUACAGACGCUGCAGAGCAACCUUGAUCGUCGUGACCAGCCCAGCACUGAGUUUCACAUCAUUGCAUCAGACUCCAUGGAGAGCAAAUCCGCUGCCCUCAAUGUGUCAGGGUCACUGAAGGCGAGUUUCCUGGGUGGGUUAGUGGAGGUGAAUGGGUCGGCAAAAUAUCUCAAUGACACAAAGGAAUCAAAGCAACAAGCACGAGUUACCCUUCAGUACAAAACAACAACCAGGUUUGAACAACUGACGAUGAAUCACUUAGGGAGACAGAAUAUUACCUACCCGAGUGUGUUUGAUGAGGGCUCAGCCACCCAUGUUGUUACAGCAGUGCUGUAUGGGGCCCAGGCCUUCUUUGUGUUUGACCAAAUGGCUUCAUCAUCAGAGAAGAUGCAUGAUAUUCAGGGUAACAUGGAGGCAAUGAUUAAACGUCUCCCUAGCACUGCGACGCAGGGGGAGGACUCGCUAGAAAUGACAGAAGAACAAAAUUCACAUGCCGAGAAAUUUAGCUGCACGUUUUAUGGCGAUUUCUCACUAAAGAACAAUCCCACCACCUUCAAAGACGCCAUCAAUAUCUACGCAAAACUUCCAAACCUCCUGGGCUCAGGUGGAGAACAUUCAGUGCCCAUCACAGUCUGGCUCUAUCCUCUCAAUAAACUCGACUCAAAAGCUGCCCAGCUGGUGAGAGGGAUCAGCGUGGGACUGGUCAAUCGCUGCCAGUGUGUCCUAGAACAGCUCAGUGAGGCCGUCAGGAGGUGCAAUGACCUGAUGAAAGACAGCGUCGCCACUCAGUUUCCUGAGAUCAGGCAAAUGUUACAGCAAGUCCGAGAGAUGUGUCUGGAGUACACACAGGGUUUCCAGGAAAAUAUAGCGGGAGUAUUGCCGUCGAUUAGGGGCGGCAGGGAGGAGGAAGGGUUACUAGCGAAUAUACUAAAUAACACGGAUAAGUCACCAUUCAAACACCGGUCACUGGCCACGUGGCUGGAUGACGAGGAACGAGAGAUGAAGGUAGUGAGACGUUACCUCAGCGUAUUUAAAGAUGUACCUAUUGUGAAAUCAAAGGGCGAGUUGGAUGACAAAUUGAUGGAACUAGCAACAGAUUAUGUUGUCUGCUUCACGUUUACAACAUUACAUCGGGAGGACGUCUACCUGUCAGAGGCAAACAACUACCUCCGAUCUAUCACAGCUACAAAAAUGCAGCUACCACCUUCUGCUGACGGAGCCUGUGCAACAGGAAACAGCGAGCACUGGUUUAACUCACGGUCUGUCUCCCAGAAAAUGAAGGCGCAAUCCCAAUCAUUCCUAGAUUUUGCCACAGUUAAUAAAGCAGAUGAAAAAGUAAAAUUCCUUGUUAGUUCUGUGCAGAAUGACAGCAUCUUGGGAGCAUCCAUUUACCUGUAUGAGGGAGAGUUUCUGGAGAACGAGAGCUUUGUUCCUCCGUCACAGCCGGAGAUACCUACACUUAGUGGAACGACACAUGACAGUGUAACGCUGCAGUUACAGCCACCAAGAUGUGGUACCGGUGAGAUUGUGGGCUACAAGGUAGAGUACAGAGGUAGCCAGCAGGAGGAAUGGACAAUUCUGGAUACACCUGAUCAAUGCCACUCCUUCACAAUACCUGGGUUACAGCCACACCAGGAGUAUCACUUCCGAUUCAGAGCAGUGACCAAGGUAGGGGUCAGCAAGGCUAGUGAGAGCUACAGGGGCAUCACCCGGCCAGCAAGUCCACCUGGUAAACCAGUCUUCCAGGAUUGUUCACCCAGCCCAACACUGCACUGGAAUGAACCAAAUCAGAUUGGAGCUGAUGUUGAAAUAUUUUGGUACAGAAUUGAAUAUAGAGAAGAACCGUCAGUUAAAACAAACAUGGAAGUCAAGUUAUGGGAAAAGGUUAAGUCAUCCGACACACAAUGCCACUAUCGCUUAGUGGGAUUGAAACCCAAGACCAUCUACAGAGUCCGAGUGUCUGCUGAAUGUGGAGGAGCGGGAUCUAGUGCCGAAAGUGAGGAGGCUUUAAUAGAAAUAGAAAUUGCCCCAAAACAGAAUAGCCGUGGAUCUUCUAGGAGAAACGCAAUUAAUAUCCGUAGGAAACCCCUCCAU